UCGUUCAUCGCGAAGGUGAACGGAACGAAAAAACCUCGAAUAGAUUUUCUGGUCGCAGUCCUUGUGAAUUUUAAGCAGACAAAUUUACGCAUUAAAACCGUGUGAAAAUCUAUAAAAUUUAAUUAACUAUAAAUAAUUGCCUUCAAAAAACGUUUAUGAAUCGAAAGAAAGUGUAAAUCUAUGUGUUUUGUGGUAGAAAAUGUGUUGGAAAAAUUAGCUUGCAAGGCACAAUGAAAAACUAAGUAGAAGAAGCAUUAGUGGCACCGUGUAUAUAUACAUUUGUGUGUGUGUAAAUGUGCAAAGCAGAACAGAAAGGUGGAAUACGGCGUGAAUGAAAAAACGUAGGAACAUACGAAAAGGAUUAAUAGUGCGGGUAGAAAAAUAGUUAGAACGUCGAAGUAGUUGCACGUAGAAAAUAUAUUCAAAUAUGUGCAUUUAAAGUUAGAUCUGGAGUAAAGAUUUAACAUUCGCCUAAAAGAUUAAUAUGACAUUCAUUCAUUUGUUGAUAUAGAGAAGAAAACAUUUUGUGGAUGGUUGCAUUCAUUGCUAUACCAAAAGCACCCUUGAUGCGAAAGCAAAAAUAGGUAUGUGCUAUAGUGUCUUCUCCUUUGCACUAUUUAGUUUCCCGUAUGCGGCUUAUUAGUCAAAUGAUUGAAAUGGCGAUUUUUUUGACAGUCGCCUUUCCUUGUAUUUUGCUGUUGUGUAUGUUACGCAGCGAAAAAUCGUGUAAAAUGAUAUGAGAAGUUUUUAUAAAUCAAGAAGUGCUAUUGAAAAUUAAUGUAAAAGUAAAUUAAGAACGUGCCAAAAAAUGUGAAAGAAACUAAAUAAUAUUACAUAUGGAAAUAUUGCAAAGAACGAUUUCACAAAUGCAGAUACAUACAUAUCUAUUUUGCAUUGAAAUAAUGCAUUAAAAUGGAAUAUUAAUUAAAAAUUAAUGAAAAGUAAAUAAUUUAAGAAAACACAGCGCUGCAGACAAAUAAAAAUCUAAGUCAAUCAUUGGUUGCAUGUGUAACAUUUAUUGUGGUUACAUACGCCAACGUCGUCAUAGCCACGUACGUCCAAGGCGUGUACAACGGUUUGCGGUGGAGCUAUCAUUUCUAAAAUAUCAACGGUAGUGGAGCCGAAAGUAACAUCCUUUUUCAGCCGCGAAUGAAUUAGAAGUUUACCUAAAGUUUGGUAUAGUACAUCGUCCGUUCCCUAGAUAAGAAGCAAGAAUCUUUAGGCAUAUUUUUUCCAAACAUUUUUAUCACGAUUCCAGCACCAUAUAGCCAUUUUAUUCAGACCAUUUUAAUGGCAUUUCUUUGCCCAACUCCCCUUUUGGUGCGGAAAAAUGAACAAUGAAAUCAGUGGUAAGACUCUUCUAUCCGUCACCGCAUCGAUCGCCGCCACUAUCAUACCAGACACACCUAUUGUGUCCAUAGCCGGUGCUACAUUAAGUGAAAUAACCACCACAACCACCUCGACGACGACAACUCCAACACCCACACCAACACCGACAGCUUUCCUACCAUCAAUUAGAGCCAACAAAGAUCACGGUGAUAUCACCAAUUUGCCAAAAAAUCCAAUGUCUGAUGCUGCUGUCAAUAAGUCAGCAGGAGGCAACGGUAACGCCGCUGCAAGCCAAACGACAACUGCAAUUAAUGCAUCAGCAGCAGCAGAAGGAGCUAGUAUUGCCGGUAAAAAUUCAUCAAUAGAUUAUGCGCCUAUUGAAAAUACCACCGUUAAUGCUGGAAAAACAGAUGACGCUCCUACAAAUACAACAACUACAACCGACACAAAGAUAUCUGAUGUAUCUGAUUUGGAAGAACCAGAAUUAAAGAAGUUACUCGACGAAGCCUACAGUUACAAGGCGCCCAAAGAUAAAAAGGACAAAAGCGAAAUAUUUUUGGAUUUGCUACAAAAAGUGGAGAAUGAAGACCUUGGCAUAAUAUCGACCCGCUCCGAGAGUCAUCGUCAUCAUCCCCAUUCGCAAAGUCGUCACCAGCAAAAGCAGGGUGGCUCGUUGCAAGAUCUCCUACAGUUGCCAUCCGAUUACCGUCGGCAGAAUCACACAUCUCGUCACAAGAAGAACUCAUCAGUCUCUUCACGGCAACGAGAAGGUGGCAGUUUACCCAGCAACGUCAAUGUUGCCAAUUGCCUGCUAAGCAGCUUCGGCCAGCAAACAAACGUCUAUACGGACAAGCGUGUGCGGCGUGGCAUAUUUCCAGGCGUUGAUACCGCCUUGAAUAGCAACAAAACAUUGGUUGGCGUAGUUGGACUGUCAGUUGGUGAUCCAAACGCCAACUGUUUGCUGAGUACUAUAGAGCAACAUACCGAUAAGCCAGCGCGUCGCGUUGUUGGCUUGGCUGGUGGUGAUCCGACUACCGCGAGUGGUGUAGCAGCAGGCACUGUUGCUGGCGGUAGUGGUGGCUUAAAUUCUGUAAGUUUAUGCAGCGAGGAAAGCGGCAGCGGCGGUGUCGGUGCUAGUGUGACAACUGUCAGUGGCGGUGCUGGCAGCAUGGCGACCACAGCAAGUGGCCAUAAUGUCGGUGGCACAAUGGCAACGGGCACUGGGCUUGGUAAUAGCGGCGUUAAGUCCGUCAAUUCCAUUGGUGGUAGUAGUGAUUACAUUAUAAAUAUUGGCGAUAUGAUAGAUAUACAGCAGCAGCAACAGAUUUUACCGUCGAAAACACAAGAUUACGGACAGAUUUUAUCAUAUUACGAUCGAGUCGAUAUCGAUUUGCAUAUACCACAUCGUAGUAUACGUGGCGACUUCGUACCAGCACGCUCCCAUCAUUACGUCGACGAAGUAAUUCGUUUCCCUCAAAUCGAUGGCGGGGCCGAUGGUAGUUUGUGUGAGAGUGGCGAAGUGGCCAUUUCCGUCAAUAAUCUUGGCAAUACACUCAAGUCGGCAGCUGCGUCCUGUUCCCUCCCGAUGCCGUUAGAUGAACGUUACCGGUCCAUUAAAUCGGUGAUGGGCGAAAAGGGCGACGUUGCCGGCGUCGGAGCCAGUUUAAAUGCAGGCGUUGCCGGCAGCAAAACUUCCGGUGCAACGGUUAUACCAAAUGCUGGUAGCAUAUCCAGCGUCAACGCCAGUAACAAUGCUGGCGGCGUUGGUGUUGGUGUCGGCAGUAACGGAAUCGGCAUAGGCGGGUAUGCAAAGGCGUUGCCAAUGUCGCGCCAAACCGAUGAAAACGGCAACGAUUGCGAACGUCAACAACACGCUAGCAUUGUUGUUAGCAGCACUGGUCAAUCGCAGGCGAAGGCCAAAGCUAAGAAGAAACCUCAAAAGGACAAUACCAUACCCGUCGAUGUGGUGAACGAGGCUGGCUACCGUGGUAAGGACCCAGUUGAAGUGUUGGUCAAGUUCAUUGAAAGCACUGAGGAGGAUGGCAAACAUGGUGGCGGGAGUGGCAACAGUAAAGUUGCCGAAAAUAGCAAAAAGAAAGAACGUAAAAAGGAGAAAGUGAAGCAGAGUAAGAUGAAGAAGAGUAAUUCGCUGGAAGAACUACGCAGUUGUGCCAAAAUCGAUGUAGGCGAACUAAAACGAUCGGCCGUAACCACCGAGAGUAACAAUGUAACAAUGCGCAGCAAGGGCAGCGGCGGAAGUAAGAGUGGCAAAAACAACUCAUCAUCUACUGCGGAUAUAAAUAAGAAUAUCGAUGGCGGCAAAGAAAUGAACCCAACACCCGCAAUCACAACUGCCGGUGGUGGUGGUGGUGGUAAGCAAGCGGCUGCCAUCGUAAACGCCACGUCGAACCACCGUAAAGGCGAACGACGUUCUUGGGGCACAGAAGAGCUGCAGUAUUUGGGUAAUGAGGGAGGUAACAACGUUAUUAAUGUCAUAGGUAACGUCGAAGCAGAGAGAACGAGAGAUAAGAAAGAGAAGAGAGGUAAAGACAAAGACAAGGAUAAAGAUAGAGAACGGGAUGUUGAAAGGGAAAAGGAUAAAGGCAAGGAUAGGGAGACUGAUAAACAUGAUAAACUGCCAAACACAAAGAGUGAUGGCGGUAAUACGAAAUAUGAAAAAUAUGAUAAAUACGAAAAACUGGAGAAAACAGACAAAUCGGACAAAGGUGAGAAGGCAGAAAAGACCGAUAAGUCUGAGAAGCGUAAAAAGUCCGAGACCAUUAUGCAGACACCAACUGCCAAUGCACACGAAAGUCAAAGCGUCGAACGUGCUAACACGCCUGUAAUUUCGGCGAUCGAAUUACUUUCGAUGAAUACGCUCAUCUCUGAAACCGCUGAAUUUCAUGUGGUCACCAAGAAGAAGAAGCCAAAGAAGCAACGCGCUUCCAUUGAUGAAACACAUUUUGCUCACAAUAGUUACAACAGCAACUCCGUUAUAACGGGUGGCUUCUCGCGUGGUACGCACAGUGCGCCAGCUUAUGCCCAGAAGGGCGGCAGUAAUAAUAAUAAUUACACCAACAACAAUAAUAAUAAUAAUAAUGUAUUGCAACAACAGCAACAGCAACAACAAUCACGUUAUAAUAAAUAUCAUAAUAACAAUGCGCAUGGCUUCAACUCGUACGGAAAUGGCGGCGAGGAUGGUCGCCUUGAUUACCGCAACAAUUAUAAUUCUAAUUACAACAAUUACAAUAGCAACCAUACACACCAAAACCAGCAAUAUGGCUAUCAACAACAGCAGCAAGGUCAAUACCACCACCAUCAACAUCAUUUGCAACACCAACAGCAUCAGCAACAGAGCCACCCUGUCGCCAAUGCUCAUAACACGAGCGGUGGCGCGUCAUCAGAUAAGUCGCGUCGAAAGUCAACUUCCUCAGUGCCACCAUCGGAGAAAUCCGACUCAAGUGAUCUCGAUUCGGUGCAUUCCCUGCCCAUAGAAUCAACCGCAGCUUCGGUGACUAAAAGUAAGCCGCGUCAUAAGACACCUGUCACGUCUACCACCACCAGCGCUACAGCCUCGCCAGAAACACCAAAGAGCGUGAGUAGUGGCGGUUCACCAGGGUCUGCGCCCAUUUCAUAUGCACACAUCGCAGCCUCAGCUGCCGCCGAACGUUGGCCAAGCUUGGACGCGGCUAAUAACAACAGCACCAAUGCAGCGAUAAAUGGUACCAUCAAUGCUGCCGAACAGCCACAACAACAACAUAUGACAAAUAUUGAAGCUGCUGUCUCACCGCCAGUCUCGACUCAAUCGAACUCAAAUAACAACUCGCCCACUGCAGUAGCUGUUACUGCUGCUGCGACACCAAAUUCAGCAAGCAAACAAAGUAAGAGCAAGAAGGCCGCCACCAAGACAGACUUCCCCGAGUUGAUUGCUACCAGCACCAGCACCACCACCACCACAGUUGUGGGCGUGCCAUCAGUAGAUCUCGCCAAAGCCAACGCAACGCCUUCAGCGGCAACCGCCGUGACUAGCGCGGCAAAAACUAUUUCUUAUUCACAAAGCCUAGCUGCCACAACCGCACAUCAAAUUCCAGUGGCCAAUUCUAAUAACGGCGUAAUCAAUGAGAAACUAUCCGGUCCUAGUGCAGCGGAAGCGGUCGUUAUACCUGUUAAUGCACAACCUGCAGGCAAUUACACCGUCCCAGAUGUCAAUAAAGUCGAUACCAUGAGCGGUAGCACAGCGCGUGUGCCCCAACAUCAACCACCAAUGCAGCAACAGCAACUACAACAACAAACACUACAAAAGUCAAAAAGUGUCGAACAUGAAAGUUACAAUUACAACAGCAGCAACCUUGAUCAGCAAUAUCCUGCGCUGGAGCAGACAGUGAAGCGGCACAGCGCCACAAAUGUAUCGAUCUCGCCGCCCACAGGAAUCGCGACAGGUAUCAACAGUACUCUUAUCUCUGGCUCCUCUCUAACGGCUAAUGCCCCGUUGCCAGCCACUAAUGCUGCAAGUUCCAACAAAUUCAAUUUUGCAGCGGCUGCAAAACAGCAAGUGAGUAAAAACGUUGCUGGGUCUCCUCAAGGAAUUAUCACGCAGGAACCUCUUGUACCCGCGCAAGCGUUACAUCAACCACAAUUUAACGCCUCAACUACCUCAGGCACACCAGCGGUACCUGCACCCGCAUCUAACGCCGGCGCAGUUCCAACUGCCGCCGGGCAAAUCACGAUGCCUGCGCGUAAGUCAAAGGAAAAGUCCCCAACAGCUGUUUACGCACCAGCGCCAGUAGCAGUAGCCAACAAUACCUCCGCACAGAUCGCCAUCGGGAAUGUGGCGCCGCAGACCUCUGAAGCCGGCAAUGUCGUGAAAAAGAACAAGAAAGAAAAGACAUACUUACCGUUAGCACCAGAUACGCUACCGCUUCUAACAGCUGUGGUUGAGCCACAUACUGUACACGUUGCGCAAAAAUCGAGCACGGCCACUCAGACACAAGCGACCUCUAUGGAUUUGGCUGGCAGUGGCAGUGGUAGUGGUAAAAAUACGCGCCCACAACCCACUUUGGUUGCGAAGAGUGAGGCGGUUAUUCUACCACCAGCAACAGCAGCGAGCAAACCGCAAAGGCAACAUGCCGGCAAGAAUAACGCUGCGGCAAACGCUUCACAAACGGCAACCCACAAUGCCUCCACAACUGGUGCUGCUACAGGUGGUACUGUGGGCGCCUCCAGUGGCAUUGCGCCUAUUACCAAUCGUCCAGCUGUCAUCAUUCUGAACGACGAUCGCAGUGGCGAUAACAGUGCACUCGGUAUUGAGUUCACUUUCGGCGACUUUAACGAGGACGAACUAAAAUUCUUCGACGACAACAUCGCCGAGGAGGAAUGUGCGGAAGAUUUCAACGCCGAAGUCGUUGAACCGACACCAGAGCAACAGUCGCUACAAGGAAAAGCGACUGUUGAGCUCAUAGGGAGCGCGGAUAUUUCGACCAACACGACACUGCGGGCCAGUAAAGUCGAGGUGCCCGAAGAAAUGCUAAACGAACAAAAGGUGAAACCUUCAUUUGUGGACGUCAGAGCAACAUCGCCAAAACCAGCGCCGUUUAACCAAGCACCUGUGACCGGCAUUGCUGUUGCACGUAAGGAAGGUAGUAAUAAAAUUAAAAAUAUAUUCGCCACAGAAAACGUCAACACUAGACCAGCUGACAAAGUCUACGCUCUACUCACUAGUCAAAUAAGUAGCGAUAGUAAUAAGGAGGGUGGCUACGCCGCAACUGUGACAGUACAACCCGACGUUGAGCAGUCACAGCAGCACGAAUUGCCACGACGCAACAGCGAGACACUGCAAUUGCAACAAUUGGAAACCUGCAAUGACAUUGAGACCGUUAUUAUAGCUGCGGCGCGCAGAGCUGCCGAGCAACAGCAACAGCUUCCUCAGCCCAUGCAGCCACCGCCGUCACAACAUCAACGUUCGUAUCGCCAUAAACAUCAACAACAACAAUAUAGAAGUACAUCCUACGGCAAUGCCUACGAGCAGGCCCCACAACCGCAGCGCGAACAACGCUCUCAGUCGGCGUACAAUCGUGAUGCGCCAAAUCACUAUCAGUCGCAUCAUUAUCACAAUCAAUACCAUCAACAAACACAACAACAACAGCAGCAACACUAUCACUAUCAUCAAAGUGGCAGUAGUAACAGUGGUGCUUCGCGCAGUCGCAGCAGUAGUAGCAACAACAACACCAAUUCAUAUGAUGCCUCAUCUAACACGCCGCCACCACAAUCACCAAUUCCCUCAUCAGCCGUCAUGGUGAAUAUGCAACGUAAAGAAUUGGACAUACAUUUCAUACCGCCAGUCGUUUCGAAUGCCUACAGCGCAAUGCAGCACAAUGAGAUUAUCGUGGACUUCAUUGGCUCCGCUUGGGAAGAAGUUUCAAAAGUGACGAAAUUUUACGAAGGACAAUAAAAAUGCCGCUACGUUAGCAGCAACACGAAAUUGAAGAGUAGCAGCAACAAUUAUAUACCGCCAACACGCAGAAUACAAGCUACAACAAAGUUUUAAUGGAGACACAGAAAAAAACUGCCAAGCAAAACAAAAAAUAUUGUAAAGUUAAGCAAGCACACACCACAAAAGACAAAAGACUGUCACAGCGUUUCUGCACAAGCGCGGAGUACUAGACGCGACAGUCAACCUAUCAAAUGCAGCGGCGUUUAUUGACCGUUACGCUGUGCCAGUAGUUUAUGCAUUUGACUGUGUGUGCUUGCGUAGUUGAUUUAUGAGUCCUUUUUGUUUGCUAAACGGUGUGUUAAAUUAAACUCCAGCGAAGUUGCGCAAACACGCGACGUUACAAAGGUGGUGCUUUGUCAAAAAUAGAAGAAAAAAAAAAAAUUGAAGAAUGAAUGGUCUUGCACGAAUAGGUUCUUUUUUUUUUAAGUAUGUAAUUAAUAAGUGUUUAAUUAUGCUAUAGUAAUAAUAACAAUAAUAAUAUAAAAAAGGAACUGCGAAAACCGUAAAUGCGGUACGAAAAAAAAAAAAUAAAUAAUAUUACGAUAUAUGAAAAAGGAUAACGUAGAUAACUACAUAAAUAUAUCUAUAUCUAUAUAUGUAUAUGGAAUGAAAACAGCAUCAACUAAAAAAUAAUUUACAUAAGUAUAUAUAUAUAUAUAUGUAUGCUUAUUUCGCUCAGCUCUGUGCAGCGCUUCUAAGUCCUUUUCGCGUCAUCUACUCAACAGUAACAACAAAAAACAUUAACGUUGCGAAACUCUUGCAACUACAAUAAGUACUGUUUUUAAGUUAAUUAGAAGUUAGUGAAAACUAAAAAAAAAAAAGAAAAUACAUAUAUAUAUUUUUUUUAUAACAAAUACGAAAUACAUUUGUAGGUAGGGAGAGAGAAAUGAAUGUAAAUAAACGUUUAUAGUACACACUAUUGAGAAAAACCGCAAAAGUUAAAGCAAACAAAAAAUUGCCGUUAAAUUUGAAUUGUUUCCAAUUAAUCAGAAAGUGCUUACGAAAAAUGAAAAACGAGAUAUUUAUGUAUUUAAAUACAAGUACACGCAGAAACACGCUUAUACACCAAAAAUACUAACAGAAAAUUUUAUUUGUAAAAACCAAAAAAAAAAAAAAAAAAGCGGCUAUGCACAAACAACUAUCAGGCGUGUUGGUACCAGGCGUCAUAUAAUGUGUAUGGAAAAGAAGAAGAAACUAUGUAUGCUAAUAAACCUGGCUGUAUGUUACAUACAUAUGCAUGUGACAUUUGUACUAACACCGAAUGAAAUGUCUGGCUUUAAGUUGGUGAAUUGGCCUGCUCCUUGGAUUUACUACUCUCCCCCCAUAAGAGUUUGCAAGCAAAAGAAGCUGUAUAUAUAAUAUACUAUAUUUGUAGUUAUAUAAAUACACGACAUUUAUAUGUAUAUACUAUAUGUAACAUAAUUAUGCUAUUAUAAAUGUAUUUUUACUAAUAAUCUAUGAUUCAAUUUGUAUAAGCUCCGCUGCUACCGCUGCUAAGGCAAAAGCGUCUAAUUUGGACUGUUGAAAGAUGGAGAAAAGCUGGUACAACAAAAAAGUGAUGGCAAGUUUUAACGCAGCUAAAACAAAAAGUUUCACCAAGGCUAUGCCACAAAGUCACACAGUCAUUAAGCCUUUAACUUGUAGACUAAUAAGCGGUAGCGUAGGCAAAAAAUAAAAAAAAGUAAACUUAUAAGUAGCAUAUAGCAAAGCAACUGGACUGGUUAAAUAAUGCAUAAAUACGAGAAAAGCAACACAACCAUUUAAAACACACAUUGUGGCACAACAUUCACCUGCACAUACACACAAGCCACUCAUAUUCAUAGGAAAAAAAA